CGAGUAUGGCUACCAUGAGGCGUUUAUUUUGCUGGGGGCAUUAUUUUACCGUGAACGCUAGGUUGUGUUUGGUUGUGUACUGUGGCGAAGUCGCACUUUUAGCGCUUGAUCGAGCAGCGGCAGUAAUUUUGUUUAAACAAGGCUAAAAUAACUUAUUGGUCUGACUCGUCCAUGAGAGCACACUAAAAUGCCAUUGUCCCAUUUUGAUGAGCGGAGUGGUGCCGUUAGUUGCCCAACACCCUGGGGUCGCUGGUGGCAGACAGUCGGCGAAGUGUUUGUCGAGAUUGAAGUUCCCAAAGGCACACGAGGCAAGGACGUUCGAAUCCAGAUCACUCCCAGACACAUUUCUUGCGCAGUGCAUAGCAAAGAGCUCUUUUGUGGGAAUCUUCAUCGCACUGUUGUUGCUGAUGAAUCAACAUGGACCAUUGAAGAGAGGCAGCGGGUGUUGAUUUUGCUUGUUAAGACAGAACCUGCUAAUUCAGAAAAGGUGUGGGAAUCAUUGCUUGAUGGACAGUAUGCACCAGAUCCACAAAUCAUGCAUGAGAUGAUGAAGAAACUGGACCUGGAGAAGUUUCAAAUAGAGAACCCAGGCUUUGACUUCAGUGGAGCCAAACUAGAUAAAGCAUAUGACCGCAUUCCAGGCCUUCAUGGCGGCACUUUAGAAAGUCAAGCAAUGGGAUUUCAUCUGGAACAGGCCAAGGAUGAAUCUACUGCCAGGCUGGAUUCUAAAGCUGGAAGGUUUUCUUUGUAACAAAGUUCUUAGGCCUGCCUUCGUCUUCCUUCACCAGCAUUUGUUCCUUCAACAUUUUGUUUUUCUGUGAGGCAUGUGUUUGUAAUUUGGCCUGUAAAAUUCUUUGUGGACGGGUGUGUGAGCAAUUCUUUUGCCUUGGGUUUUAGGCCUAGAUAAAAUCACUGCAAAGAUUCUAAAUAUGAAUGUCAGGUUAAAACACAAAGAACAUGACUUGUAAGAAGUUAUAUACGUACAGCAGCUCAAACUGCAUAUAAGAAAGACAUUGACAGUGAUGUAGUGAUUGUGUCUUUUUUAGACUAACUGAAGCUUUUGCUGCAUCAAGCUUCCACGCAUCGCUCUGGCUUCUAUGCUGUCAAAAAGUGGCUGGACUGCAUUAGCCUCACAUUAUUCAACCAGAGAAGCUACAGAGUGUACUGGAUAUUUCCUGCAUUUAAAAUUUCACACAAGACUCACAUUCUUUUGUAUACCAGCAUAGAAAUAUAAUUGGGGCAUUCAUACCAAGGAUGGUAUGACUUUCGACACAAAAGAAGGUAAAUGUAUCAAGGUGAAGCACACUUUACAUUUUUGUUAUUUCUGUGACUUCUUUUUUCGUUUAGUCAAUGGUAGAUGUUGUCAUGGAAUUAUUUGCUUGCUAGAUCUGUGAAGUUGGUAUGUGGUCAAAACAAGAUUAGAAGCCCUGGUUAGCAUUGAAGCAUUCCUCCAUGUUGCCCUGGAGUGUAUGUUAUUUGCAUCAUGGUAUGAAAGAAUAAAUGUCUGUCACACUUUGAA